UGUGUGUUAGCGCGCGCUCGCGCCUGUAUGGGUGAGCGUGUGUGUGUGUGCUGACGUAGAGGUGGGCUGGCAGAGAGUUAAGUGGAGUAGUCUGAGUGCCAUCAAGAUAAGACAAACAUCACAAGCACUAAAGAGAGUAGACAGCUCAGUCUGCGUACUGAUCAGUGUCCUCUGACAGAUGAUAUCUCAGCGGAUCUUCAUCCUGUCUGUGCAGAUGUUCAUUCAUUCCCCUUCAAACUGAAAGCUCUGGAAGAAAAGUUGUGAAGUGAUCGGGGAAUCGUCGCACCUGGCUGAAACUGUCCGGUUUAUGAAUGAGGUAUCACGAAAUCGGUUGGCACUAUCCAGCAUCAUUUUAUUUGAUAUCAGAUGUGGAGGAUCUGAAGCGGAUCGCAGCUGUGAUAGAGUUGUACAACAGUAUGGAUUACUUUAUAUUUCGAGUCUUCUGUGCGUUGGCUUUGGUUUCGCUUCUUGUUCAAAGGGCAGAUUCAAACGAAAUCCUAGGACUAAAGAUCCCCUUUGACCCUAUUCUGAAUGCCAACACGGUGUGUUUGACUCUACCCGGCCUGACAAAGAAACAGCUGGAUGUUUGUAUGAGACAUCCAGAUGUGACAGCCUCUGCCAUACAGGGAAUCCAGAUCGCCAUCCACGAGUGCCAGCAUCAGUUUCGAGGACAUCGCUGGAACUGCUCUAGCCUGGAGACGAGAAACAAAAUCCCCUAUGAAAGUAUUGUCUUUAGCAGGGGUUUUAGGGAAAGCGCAUUCGCAUACGCCAUCGCGGCGGCUGGCGUGGUGCACGCCGUGUCCAAUGCCUGCGCCAUGGGCAAGCUGAAGGCCUGCGGCUGCGAUGAGAAACGAAGGGGAGACGAAGAGGCUUUUAGGGUCAAACUCAACCGUCUGCAACUGGAGGCCAUGAACCGGGGUAAGGGGAUGGUCCACGGAGUAAUGGAGCACUUUCCUGCCGAAGCUCUCGGCCCCCAAGACUCCUGGGAAUGGGGAGGUUGCAGCCCGAAUGUGGAGUUUGGGGAGCGCUUCUCCAAGGAGUUCCUGGACUCCCGUGAGAUGUACAGAGACAUUCACUCCAGGAUGAGACUUCAUAACAACAGAGUUGGCAGGCAGGUUGUGGUGGACCACAUGAGGAGAAAAUGCAAAUGCCAUGGAACGUCGGGAAGCUGUCAGCUAAAGACCUGCUGGCAGGUGACUCCAGAGUUCAGGGCGGUGGGCUCGCUACUUAAGGACCGCUUUAACGCCGCCACAUUAAUCAAAGCCCACAACAGAAACACAGGUCAGGUUGAACAUGCACACCCCACCCACCGGCGGAGGGCCAAUGCGCACGAUCUGGUCUACUUCGAGAAGUCCCCGGAUUUCUGCGAGAGAGACCUGGGGUCGGACUCUGCCGGGACGCAGGGUCGGAUCUGUAACAAGACCAGCCAUGGGAUGGACAACUGUGAGAGCCUGUGCUGUGGGCGGGGUCACAACAUUUUACAGCAGACUCGCAGCGAGCGCUGCAAUUGCAAGUUCCACUGGUGCUGUUACGUAGUGUGCGAGGAGUGCAGGAUAACAGAAUGGGUGAGCGUCUGCAAAUGAUAUAAGCAAUUAUGUAUUAAAUGUAUCAAAGACAAUAAAUGUAGGGAGAAAAACCCUUAUGCAGUGGACUGCCGAUUCCAAGAUUAGAAUGGAAAGCACAAAUGCGGACUGAGAUGAAUUCAGAUGUGUGCACGGGUCCAAGCGCACGAUUUCAGACUGAUUUUGGACUUGCACUGCGUAUAAUUUCGGAAAGUAUUUUUAAUUUAAUAAAUUAAGAAUAUGAAUAUAUUGUGGAGUAUAUCGUCAACAGAGACACAACGUUUUCAUUUUGGUUUUCAAUUAAAUCAAUGGCUGGUUGUAUUUUAAUAACAGCUGCGUGGGAUUCCGGUACUUUAAGAAGAGAAAUAUGUACAUCCAUGAUGUUUCAUAUAUGUUUGCACAGAGCCAUUUGUCCAAAGAGUUUGCCAGAUAAACUCUUAAGUUUUAAAACGGUAUCAUAUACCAGCCAAUAUCAAUUCAAAAAGGCCAGCAAAUCUGAGUUAUAAAUAAAAAUGUAUACUGGCAUUCAAAGGCUUGAUGUUGAGAAGAGCGCAUCCAGAUGAAUGGACUACAGUCAUGUGCAAGCCAUAGAUCAAUGUCUGGUGACUAGCUGAGAACAUCGUGUUACAUGAAUAUGGACAUGUAUUAUGCACAAGGGCAUAAAAGGUCAGAUAAAUUGAAUAUUUGGGAAAAGUUGGAUAAAACCUCUAAAGUUUUGUGUGUAUGACAUUACCCUGCAGUCUGUCUCUGUUGUUCACUGUAACAGGAAUGUAUUCACAAGAUCUUGUCAGCAGAUAUUUAAGCAAAUAUAUCAGCACAUCUGGUUAUAUCAUCAUAUCUAAUCACCACACAUAUAAUGUGGUAGCUACAGUAUAAAACACCAAAUGUUAUAAAAAAAGUCAUAAUAAGAUUUUUUUUACUCAAGACCAACCAGAAGAGACACAGCUAGCGCGAUGUGACUAUUAACAUUAAAGCAUCACUUUAUUUAUGUUUUAACAUCUUUUCAGAUUGCUCAAAACCUUAAAGUAACUUAACUCUGUUCCAUCAGUAGUUACAGUAGUAGGUAUUUUAAAGUAAUAAAAUAAAAACUCUCCAAGGCCAGUGUAAGAAACUUACCAUAUAAGUUUCAUGUUAUUUGUUUUUCUAAGAAUCCUAGUCACUUUCAUAAACUUACUCUGCUGUUUUCUGCACAUCUUUUGACCAAAUGAAAUCAUACAGUAAGCUUUUUAACACUUUUGCUCAUCUAUACCGUCUUUUAUUAGUGUAUGAUAGAAAAUCAGCAUUCAUGUCAAAAGGGAACGCCAGCAAUUUUUAUGUCUGUCCCAUAAUGAAAGAAGAAUAAAUUUCAUUUGCUUGUCUGUUUUUUAUCUGAUAAGUUGGUUUGGUUCUGUUAUUUCUUUCUUGUUUAUUUAUUUAUUUGUGUGAGGUUUUCAUUAUGUUCAAUAUAUAACACGCAUCAAAGAUUCAUCUGUAAAUCAAUACUGAGUCAUUUGCAUUUGUCAGUUUCAUAGAGUUCCUAUUGCGGUGUGCUUAACAGAGAAAAGUUUCAUUCAAUUCGAUUUGAUUGUUUGCACAUUUAGACCAAUUAUAUCCUGGAGAAAAGACUGACAGGAAACACUGUGUGGGUGAAUGCGAUAAUAAGCAUUUUUUUAUUUUAAAUGGUAUAAUUUUUUAAGUUUAAAUAUAUAAGUUAUUUUAUUUUGUGGAUAACUUAAUAUUUGUAAAACAAUAAAGAAAUUAAUUUUAA